AUGUCUGGACGUGGUAAAGGCGGUAAAGUGAAGGGAAAGGCAAAGUCCCGUUCGAAUCGUGCCGGUCUACAAUUCCCCGUUGGACGUAUUCACAGGCUGCUGCGAAAGGGAAAUUAUGCAGAGCGUGUGGGUGCCGGCGCUCCGGUGUACCUGGCCGCAGUCAUGGAGUACCUCGCCGCUGAAGUUCUAGAGUUGGCCGGUAACGCUGCUCGGGACAAUAAGAAGACCAGAAUCAUACCGAGACAUCUUCAGCUUGCCAUCCGCAACGAUGAAGAGUUGAACAAGCUCCUCUCCGGUGUGACGAUCGCCCAGGGCGGUGUACUACCCAACAUUCAGGCGGUCCUUCUUCCCAAGAAGACCGAGAAGAAGGCCUAA